GACGCGGAUGUACAAUGGCCAACGGACAAGAAAUGCAAGGAGCAAGCCCCGGUCGUUCCAUGGCCAAGAUGUCCCCCGCCAUCCGCGUCCACGUGGCCAACGCCGCGCUGCUCCAAGAACAACCUUUAAGCAUCGUGCCACGGAUUAUGUUCGGCAGCUCUUUGUUCUGUCUCUGCGUCAUGUUCGUGAUUGUCAUGGGGACGUUCAGCAACUGGCCCACACGCAACGAGCUCGACGGAGACGACAGCAGCCCGCCGGAGGUUCAGAACAGCCGAUCUGCCGUGGUCACCGAUGGCCCGAAACAAGCCGCGGAGGCCACGGCAGCUGCCUUGGAGGGCGAGGCAACACGACGCCGAGCCAAGAGAAAUGGAACGAAGGGCACCGCCAGGCGGGACUGCGGCCGAUUCUCGUUCAGGUACUGUGCCGAAGGCCCAAGCGCCGCCCAGCGGCACUACUACGACUGGACGAUCGGAUCAUGCGUGCCCACUUCGCACGACGUACCGCUCUGGUGCAACCGAGGCCGCAACCGGUUCGCUUCUCUGGAGCACUGCCGGAGCAAAUGCGUAACCAGGAAGCCCCCUUCCAGACAGUGUUCUUCGCCGACCUCUUUCACUGUUUGCUCCAGGCGCGACAUGAAGCACGGCCUGUGGUUCUGGGACGGCGACAGCUGCGUCGAGUGGAACUACAACCGCGGCAACUGCAUGGUCUCGCGGGGCCGCGAGCUCACGAGCAAGGCCGCUUGCAUCGAGGCCUGCGAGCCGUCCGCGAACGACACCGAGACGCCGGAGGUCCCGACGGUGUGCAGGGCCACCAGGUCCGCACCCUGCACGCCCGCCAAGAUGCGCUUCCCUUUCUUCGCGGCGCGCAAGGGCGGCGAACCACUUCGACUAAUGUAA